GUACAUGGGCUGGGUUGGCAGCACUUGAGUGUAAUUCCAUGUGGGAGGAGGAGGAUGGGUUUAAGUGCAGCUAUCAGGUCUUUUCUUCUCACACGCUCCGCUGUGCGCACAGACUGAGGAGAAAAUCAAAGAGCGGGUCCACCUCCCCAUGCGAUGUGCAGCAGCUUCAACAUCUGUGAAGUGGCUGCCUCACCCGGUCGGACCGGAGGCCGUCUGGUCUCCGAUCUGGUCUCAGGAGUCAGCAGGGGAGACUCGACGCGCUCCGUUGGGGCCAGGCUGUGCGCCUCUCGGAUCACACCGGAGCCGGCGCGGGCUCUCGCCAUGGAGAUGAUGGAGGGGGACGUUAUGGACAAGCUGGGGGACAUGUCAUCGGUGUACGACUUUGACCCGAUCACCGGCAACAUUCCGGCCACGAAAGUGGAGAUCACCGUCUCCUGCAGAAAUCUGCUGGAUAAAGACACCUUCUCAAAGUCCGAUCCUAUGUGCGUACUGUAUACGCAGGGUGUUGAAACCAAACAGUGGAGAGAGUUCGGCAGGACGGAGGUGAUAGACAACACCCUAAACCCCGACUUUGUUAGAAAGUACAUCUUGGACUACUUUUUUGAGGAGAAACAGAAUCUCCGCUUUGACUUCUAUGAUGUGGACUCUAAAAGCCCAGACCUGUCCAAACAUCCCGCAGAACUCAAUGACUUUUUAGGUCAGAUGUUCUGCACUCUCGGGGAGAUCGUUGGAUCACCAGCCAGUCGACUGGAAAAACCACUGGGAGGGAUUCCUGGGAAGAAAUGUGGCACAAUCAUCCUGACGGCAGAAGAGCUCAGCAACUGUCGAGACAGUGCCACCAUGCAGUUCUGUGCCAACAAGCUGGACAAAAAGGACUUUUUUGGCAAGUCUGAUCCUUUCAUGGUUUUCUACAGAAGCAAUGAGGAUGGCACGUUUACUAUCUGCCACAAAACAGAGGUGGUGAAGAACACAUUAAAUCCAGUGUGGCAGCCUUUUACCAUCCCAGUGAGAGCACUCUGCAAUGGAGACUAUGACAGAACAAUCAAGGUGGAGGUGUAUGACUGGGACCGGGAUGGCAGCCAUGACUUCAUCGGGGAUUUCACGACCAGCUACCGAGAGCUAGCUCGAGGGCAAAGUCAGUUCAAUGUGUAUGAGGUGAUUAACACCAAGAAGAAAAUGAAGAAAAAGAAAUAUGUUAACUCAGGAACAGUGACCCUACUCUCAUUCUCUGUUGAGUCAGAGUUCACCUUCCUAGAUUACAUCAAAGGAGGAACGCAGAUCAAUUUCACUGUGGCCAUUGAUUUCACAGCAUCUAAUGGUAAUCCUUCCCAAUCUACUUCAUUGCACUACAUGAACCCUUACCAGCUGAACGCCUAUGCCAUGGCCCUGAAGGCUGUUGGGGAAAUCAUUCAGGACUACGACAGCGACAAGAUGUUUCCAGCUUUAGGCUUUGGAGCAAAACUGCCUCCUGAUGGGCGAGUGUCUCACGAGUUUCCACUGAAUGGAAACAUGGAAAAUCCUUAUUGCAAUGGUAUAGAAGGGAUCCUAGAGGCAUACCAUCAAAGUCUGAAGACAGUUCAAUUAUACGGGCCAACCAACUUUGCUCCAAUAGUGAACCAUGUUGCCAGAUAUGCAGCGGCAGUGCAGGACGGCUCUCAGUACUUUGUCCUCCUAAUCAUCACAGAUGGUGUCAUUUCAGACAUGGCCCAGACCAAAGAAGCCAUCGUAAAUGCUGCCAAACUUCCUAUGUCCAUAAUCAUCGUAGGAGUUGGUCAAGCUGAGUUUGACGCUAUGGUGGAGCUGGACGGUGACGACAUCAGGAUCUCAUCCCGGGGCAAACUGGCAGAGAGAGACAUUGUUCAGUUUGUUCCUUUUAGGGAUUACAUGGACCGGACAGGAAACCACGUGCUGAGCAUGGCACGGCUCGCCAAAGAUGUGCUAGCAGAAAUCCCUGACCAGUUUAUCUCGUACAUGAAGAGCAGAGGGAUCAAACCCAAUCCUGCGCCGCCGCCAUACACUCCGCCUGGACACACACACCACCACACACAAAUCUGAGACCUUUUUCUUUGCAUUUCACUGAGGACAGAUAGCAUGCAGCAGCCAAUCAGAGUCCAGUGGGAACUCUCUACCUCCUGAUUUUAUUUUACCUAAUUUUCUGUGAACAGGAGGCCAAGCAAUGGGUGUAGAAUGUUGUGCUGUACUCUCCCAUUGACUACAGAAGCAGUAUUUUUCUUUUUCUAUUUGUUCGGUUUUGUUUCUACUGUGAUAUAUUUCUUUGUAGGCUCUCUUCAGGAGAUGCUGACCCAAUUUUUCAGGACUUGUUGCUGAAAGCCUUUCGGGCAGUGACUGUUUCACGCCUACUUUUGACAGCAGGUUGAUUCGGAGGUCAUGUUGUGGUUAAACCUUGUGCCUGUCUGUGCUUGUUUCUUUAAGUGUAUCAGGACAUUUGAACUUGACCCAGGCUCUUCUUGUCAAUCAUCAGUGUGGCCUAAUGCAGUAAUAUUUUUUUAGCCACCUUCUCCUUCUCGAAUAUGUUUUGUAUUUUGGGUUGAUCUCAAUUUCUGAUGAUAUCGCAGUUCUAGCGUUUUCCAAACGACACCACCUCCUUUCCUCUUUAAUACUAAAUGUUGGUAUGAGCAUGUCGUAUGAGAUUUACUUGCAUUUUUUUAGAAUGGCAUGGAUAUUUUUUACAUCUAAUUUUGAACAAAACAAACCUAAUGAAUUUUAGCAAAAACCAAUUAUUCUUAAGUGACUGAAUAUGAAAGCUA